CGGAUCAACAGCAGCAACGCUCCAGCAUGAGGCAGCGUCGGCACACUACGCAGAACACGAUGAAACAUCAUACAGUGACGCAGACGGAUUGCAUCAGCCACCCCGGUUCUCGGAUCUUGCCUCUGUCGCCUCAAGUGUCGUUUCGAUGGACGCGAGUUUUCGGCAGUACAUUCAGGAAGACCAACGGAUUUUGCCGCAGGACAAAGACGACUUUUUCUUCACCAACACAGCAGCAGCUCCUGUUGGUGCUGGUUCAUCUUCCGGGGGGUUGCAGCAGCUGGAAGAAGAAUCGGGUGGUCCAAUUUUGCAGCGAAAGAAUGGG